AAUUUGGUGGGCUGAGAGACGUGCGCAGAUUACAAGGUGUAGGUGAGAAGAGAAUCUCCGAGACGCGCAACCGUCGCCUCCUCCGGCGGAAUCCUCCAAUUUCAGGUCAAUCAAUCUGGAAAUUGCUGUUGAUGGCGGCGUCAGCAGCGGCGAGGGCAAUCCUAGUCUCAUAUUUUUCGCUUAAGCCGUCGUUCCUGCAGCCACAGACCCCGCUCCUCCACCGGCCCUUGCUUCCUCCAGCACCGAAGAAAAGCUCCGCCAUCUGCUGCUUGAUUUCCGGCUUCGAAGGCGGCGGAAGCUCCGACGAGUUCGUCUCGACCAGAAAAUUCGGGCACGAAUUCGCCGUCAUAGCUAAUAUGCUGAGGAGAAUCGAGCCACUCGACAAUUCGGUAAUUUCGAAGGGGGUUUCAGAUUCCGCGAAGGAUUCCAUGAAGCAGACGAUUUCAACUAUGCUUGGACUGCUGCCGUCUGAUCAGUUCUCCGUCACUGUUAGGGUUUCGAAGGACCCCCUGGAUCGAUUGAUUGUGUCCUCCAUCGUCACCGGGUAUACAUUGUGGAAUGCGGAGUACAGGAUUUCAUUGAAGAGGAAUUUCGAUAUAUCAUCGGAUACUUUAAAAAGGGAUAAUUUCGAGGCUAAAAAUGGAGCCGGGAGAGCGAGGUGGGAACCGAGCGGUGAUGGAGGAGAUGAAGAGGGCAAUUGUGGUGGACUCAACAAGUCUGCAGAAGCAUUAGAUAGAAGUAGCCUUCAAAGCUUAGGGGAUUUGUCUCCGGAAGCAAUAAGAUAUAUUCAGCAACUAGAAUCGGAGUUAUCGGCUGCUGAGCAGGAGUUCUAUGCCCAGAAAAAUGAAAAUCUGCAAAUGGAGCAUAUAAAAAAGAGCGACAACAAUCUGCUCGAGUAUUUGAGGUCCUUGGAAUCGGACAUGGUAACUGAACUAUCACGACCAUCGUCACAUGAGGUGGAGGAAGUUAUUCAUGAGCUUGCUCAAACCAUAUUGAGAAGAAUAUGCAGAGAUGUGGCUGACUCAGGUUACGAGGGCGAUCUAGGGGCUGGCAGUGUACAAAACAAUGAGGAACCAGACAGCGAAAUUUAUGAUGUUUUUCACGCCAAACGGGACUAUUUGGCAAAGCUGCUUUUCUGGUGCAUGUUACUGGGCCAUCAUUUGAGAGGUUUGGAGAACAGAUUACAAUUAAGUUGUGUUGUUGGUCUGUUAUAAGUUAUUGAGAAGAUGUAUUGUAAAGGUGUAUUGAGAUGCAUACUUUUCUACCAUUUUCCACAGUUUAAUUACAUGCCCCCAAGUAAUUCUAAUAAAUGUGUAUUUACGCAUCCUAAUAAAUAUUAAAAUUGUUCAAGGGUGAAACACACCUGCCUGUUAUUGAA